UACGGACUGGCGCAUUGCAUUGUUGGAAAUGAAUUAAAGAUGGCUGUUCGCGAUGACCAAGUAUGAUCAGCGACGGUCAGAAAUAAUGUUUUCCCUUUAAUUUUCCAUUUUCUUCGGUUUUUCACGCGUAGAACUGAUUUCAGGUCUAAACGAAACGGGCGCGUGGUAUUUUCGGGCGGUUUCUGCUUCGUUAAUAGGUCUCAAAGUGCAAUGUUAGUUCUUAGUGUCUUGUACAUAGGAGUACGAUUUUACUAGUUAUGUAUGUAUUUUGAUAAAAGUGCUAAGUGGAAGCGGGUGGUUUGAGUGGCACCAGGAGGGAGGAAGCCGGAGGAACACUGUAAAAUGCAGACUAUGGAGAAACCUCCUCAUCAAUUAACGACACAAACGAAGCAAAGAGAGUCACCGAUGACCAUUCAAAAUGUGGAAACGGCCGCACCUAGUGGAGUGAAAUCGGCGGAGCCUCCGCCUUUGGAGAUCUGCUUUGUUUGUGGCAACAGGGGCCACCCCAGGUCGUACCCUCUGAGCUCCAAACCUAGAUCGGACCGAUCGACUCGCGAUCCGUACUUUCCAUUUUUGGAUAGUCACGAGCCUCCUAAAGGCUAUCCAAAAUUCUGGGGUAAAUCGGACCCGUCCAUCUACGCGGCUUGUAGCCUGUGCUAUCAACUGCUCAUGCAACAAUGGGACCAAUAUGAACAGACAGCCAAGCCUCAUUCGGAGCGGCUCUAUUGGCUGAAACGGGUGGAUAAUGGCCCUUAUACAGGCGCGGAUAUGAACAUGCAGGGAGAGUACGCGGCUCAAAUGCUCGGAUUGAAUACGGAAGGGGGCAUUGUUCCGGUUGCCUCCCAAACCUCCAAGACUGUCGGCCGCGAAGACUCCACUAGGAUCCGAGUGUCUCCUAGACCAGUUUCAGCUCCGGUUGCGUCGACCGGAUUGGAUCGAGACGAAAUGGUACCAGAAGGCGCGUUGGAUCUCACUCAUUCAUCGCAACAGUCUGUAUCAGCACCAGUGCAAUCCGUCUCAGUCCCACCCAUAUUGUACAACCAGAACUCAAACUCCUCAACUGGUACCGACAUUUUGGAUCUUAGCAUGCCAGAUAAAAACUCAGUAACGGAGGUCUGUUACGUUUGUGGCGAUGAAUUCAAGCGAGGAAGUCUCGAUUUUAUCGCCUCCAAACAAGUAGCCGACUCUGCUAUGCAGCCAUUUUUUCCCAGUCUGAUCGAGCAUCCAAGGCCGAGCAGAAGUCGACCCAUUGACUCUUUGGGCCGAGUCCAGGCCUGUGUGGAUUGUCAGCAACAUUUGCUGAAGCAGUGGAUCACGUUUCAGGGCCAGGGUGUUCCACACAUAGAGCGUAAAUACACUCUACGAAAACGGCAAGGAGCUGCCCUAGAUGCAACCACCUUCAUAUGUUACACUUGUACCUUAGAGUACCCUUCUUCUAGCAUCAGACUGUUGUAUAGUUGCCCGAAUAACGAGAAGGAACCAUAUUUUCCAUUUAUCCAGACUCUGAAAGCCCCACUUGGAGCCAGUCCGGUUUCUCCUCAAGGGAUGGUCCAAGUGUGUUCGAUAUGUUACAAGAGCAUUCCGCAAAAGCAUCAGGUUUUUGGUGCAGAUCCUUCGACUCAAAAUUCUCAGCUGACAACAAACAGCAAUCACGUGAGCAUGACGGAAGUUCACUAUGUGAAUACGACUUCGUCCCGACCCAGCACUGUUAAAAGUCCCGCAAAUUCUGCCGGUUCGGAUAUUCGGUACAAACCGUAUGACAUUAAUCAAGCCUCCAUCGUCACAACGAAGAAACGAGCUGCACUAGCUGAUAGCAAAAGUUCAAAGGCGGCGUUGGCUGCCAGGACCACUUCACCCUUGGUGGACAUCAAUGGACAUUCGGGGUCGCAAAGUUACCGCUGCUAUAUUUGCGCAGGCCUCUAUACUUUAGAUCAGAUGGAAUGGAUCAGUACUUCGGCGGAGGGCAUGAACUCGCAUGCUAUGCACUUUCCUUGCCUGUCGAAGGUUUGCAUCGGACGAACGUUGGAGAACAGUUGCAUGGAUUCGCAUGGACGGGUUCUGAGCUGUACGAGAUGCGUGAACCAUUUGGCGCAGCAAUGGGAGACUUUCGAAACCGAUCGGGUGCCUUUAGAGCGGCGAAGAUAUGAUGUACCUUUGCCAGAUACGACGCUGAUGAACGGUGAUCGAGGCAUCCCCACACCCCCCAGCACGAACAGUGAUAGAACGGUUUGCAGCCAACCAUCCUCAGGUGGCAGCAGCAUAUACUGUUUUCUGUGUGGUUUGCAUUCGGAAUUCACCCUCGCUCGAGUGGUGUACAGUAAACCUCAAGGUAGAAAUGCGCCCUAUUUUCCGGUCCUGCUGCGCCACAAAAGUCCGCCCAGCGCUGAGCAGCUUAGAGACGAUGGCAGUGCGCUGGUUUGUACGUUCUGUUACCAUAGCUUAGUUCAUCAGUGGCGUAGGUACGAGUCUCAAGGCAAUCGAGUACCGCCCGCAGACGCUCGCGAAUACAACACUCACGACUACUGCUGUUAUGUCUGCGGAAUUACCACUUACCGGAAACGAGUGCGCGCGUUACUUAUUAAGGAUUUUCCGUUUUUGAGAUUCCACCCGCAGCCUGACAACUCACUGCUGUUGGAAAACGGCGACUAUUCAGUUGUAUGUUUGGACUGCUACGAGACGCUGAGAACCCAGUCAUUGGAAUAUGAAAGAUGGGGCUUACCUUUAGACAAGCGGCAAUAUAAUUGGAUAACACAACCCCCGCCCCCAGAGGAUAGUCCCGAGGCCGGCAUUGCCCGUUUACCGAGCGGACAACGAAGUGAUAAAGUAGCACCCCCAACGUUCCUAGCCAAACCCACCAGAAAGAACCAUUCACCAAAAAUUAUGGAGAGAAAGAUGAAUUCAAAGACUGAACAAAACUCAGGAGUACCUAACAGCCCAAACAAACUACCUCCCACCGUUCCGAGUGCGACCAAUGGCAGCAUAGCAAAUGUGCCAGUGAGCGGCGCUUGCUCUGGAAUGACCAAUCCGAAACCGCGCUCAUCCACCACUGGCCAUACUGUGCCAGGACCUGGCCCUGGUUCCUCCAACAGCCAAUACAGCCAUUCGUUUGCUGCCGCCCUGCGGAACCUCGCCCAACAGAACGUACCUGGCGCCGAAUCUGUUGCGGAACCGCCGGCUGCUCACAGAUCGAGGGAGAGUGGGGCACCGAUACCCGAGAAGUCAAAAUCUGAAGUACCCACAUAUCCAUCAACAAGAACGGCAAUAGAUGUGCGACUUUCAGCCCAUCCGGCCGCUGCUGAGCGCUACCCUUCGGCGCUGGCGGAUUUAGGUCGCAGUGGCUUUCAACCCUACAGACCUGAAGACCACAGAAUACCUCAAGUGCCAGUUGGUUUAGAGAUGGCCGCCUACCCGACUCCUUACUCGCAUUAUCCCAUUCCGCUGAUGGAAGAACAGCUUUAUUACGAGAGAAUGUUGAGACCGUCGUGGCCAAUCCCGCAUCACUAUUUGCCAUACUUGGGACUACCAGCGUCCUCCAUGCCGCUUUAUAUGCACGAAAGGUUGAAAUUGGAGGAAGAACAUCGUCACCGUCUGGCGGCCGCCGCAGCAGCUCGUUCCAAAGAUGCGGAACUCGAGCGAGAGCUGAUGGAACGCGAAAGAGAAAAAGACCGACUAGUUCGGGAAAAAGCAGCCGCUGAUGCUGCCCGAAGGGUUUCUCCACUAGCCGCGCCCCAUCUAAUGGGUAUGCCAGUCAUGCACCCGUCGGCAGCUGCAGGAAUGCUACCGCCCACUCUCGGAUUAGCGCCAACUGGCGCUCGACAUUCGCCGCUUGGUGUUCCCGGAUACCUCGCGGCGCCCCCGCAGGGUUACGCACAAGUAACCAGAGCGUCUCCUUCACUCCAAAGACAUUCGCCGAUGGCUCCUGGGGCAUAUUCGACGCUCAACCUAUCGGCGCCCCCCAGACAGUCUCCUACGAUCAUUCAACCCUCGGGGCCGCUUAUCAAUUUAACCAACAAUGUACAGCCUCCGCCAGCGCACAGUUCUAGUCUGGUCAGUCAGGUCCAUGUGAAUAACCAUCACCCGACACCAGGUCACUCGUUAGGUCAAGUAAUGGAUAAACCAUCUAGUCAUUUAGUGAAGCCGCCAACACCGAAGCCGACACCGCCCCCGACGCCCAAAGCCACUCCUCCUCCCACGUCGAGGGAAGGAGGGAAUUCAGGUGUGAGUGAACGGAGAACGCCUGUGAAUUUGGCCGGACAAGGGGCGCAGUCCAGAGCGAUGAACUGCACGAGCGAAGCGACAAGCAAUGGCGACUGUGCCUGACCUCAAUCAAAACACGUUGCUGGACAGUUGCUGAGUGUUGCCAACAAACUACUAACGCAGAGCUGCAUUUCGACGAUUUCUUCAGUUUUAUCUUAUUUGGUGAUCAAUGAAACAAACGUUGCUUAGUGAACAAUCGACUGGAUUAGUUGGAAUUAGAUUUUGUUGCUCACCUCUGAAACGAGGGCAUAAUUAAACAGAGUUGCCUACAUUUUCUUCUUUCUCAGUUUUGCUUCUUCAAGUUUCUCCGAGCCUUAAAGAUGCAAAAACUUACAUCACGUGCAAAUCCACUGCAAGAAUUUUGCUAAACAUACUGUUUAAGAGUGGUAAUUAUUUUUUUAUUCUAACUGAUAAAUUCUACUUUUAGCCGGCGUUCCUUGUUAUGUUUAUGAGAAUGUUUCAACAAUGAAAAGCUCGCAUUCAAACAGUCACCAGACCACAGUCAAAGUGGAAAGUAGUUUCGCAGAAACAGAGUGCGAAGGUACAUACAAAACAUUGUAACACUGCCUGAAACACCCUGUACUUGCGAAACUGUCCACUUUUGGUGUUCUUUCUUCCGGAUUCCCACAUUAAUCAAGGACCCUUAAACACGUUGAACCAGCUAAUUUGGUUAGCUUUGCGAUAGUUUGAAGGAUUUCUCGUUUGUUUCCCGUUUUGUUAUGAGGUAAAUUUAUAAUUGUUAAGUUGUUGCUUUGGUUGACUUGAAUGAUGGCCCAGGAAACUAUUACCAACUGCGCUUAUUGUUAAGGUUCAGUAAUAUUAUUGAAAGAUUCGAAAUAUGGCUUUCGAGGAAAUCGACUUAGGUAGGGUAACAAAUUUUAUUUUAAGUUAAAAGUAACUAAUGUUGUUGCAGUUUGCAAAAAAUAAUAGUAACUGUUAAGUGUGUCCGAUAACCAAGCGCCCAAGGUGAUGUGUGGAUGGCGAUCAACUUGAGAGUCUAAGAUUGAAGGCAUCUUUUUUCCACGUAUUUCAUACUGUAUAUAAACUUAUUUAUUUCGUAAGUUGUAAAAUGCAUAAAAUAGACGCGCUGUGAUUAAAAGGAUGAAAACCAACAAAAAAAGAGAGAUAAGUGCAAAAUCUUUACUUAUUCAUUAAUAUUAUUUGAUAGUAUUAUUCAAUUUUUAAAUUUGUUAGUACUUUCUUAUUUAUUGCGAAGACCGGCGAAAGUUUGUAUGCUGGACGUGUAUGGAUAAAACCGAAUUUAACGUUAAUUUUGUACUGUUUUAUGUUUACUUUACGGGUUUUUAAUUUACGUAGGUGAGAGUGGUGUUCACUGAUUCUGUGAUAAAUACAAUUUUAGUAAUCUUGACGUAAACACUGUUUCUAGCAUGACAAACCUAAUAAAUGUAUAUAAAAUUAAA